GGGAGUGGAAAGCAAAUUUGAUUUGACAACAUCAGCUUCUCAGCAAGCCCAGAACAAAUGCAAAGAAAAGAACUGGGCAAAACAAAGCAGGCAAAGCAAAACUUUUUCUCUGAAACUUCAUUAAUUUUACUUGACACAAAAUCCAAAUGUCAACAAGACAUUAUAGGCCAAAACUUAUUUGCACUUUCCCAUUAAUAUUCCUGCUUAGAACGAAGAAAAAUAUAACGAAAGUCACUCCUUGAAAUUCAAUUUCUCACCCAAGACUCAUUCAAGAAAAACUAAAAGUGGAAGUGUCCAACACGGUCUUAACCCUUCAAACAAGCUAAAAUCCAGAACGUUUUUCACGAACGGAGAGGGUUUCAAUGUGACAGACAGAAGCUAUAUAUAUAGAUCGUUGAUGGGUUUUUUUGCUUAAAUGUUUUUGAGUUGUUUUUAAGAAUUGAAGGUUUUGAAGAUGGGUAGUAGGCAAGGUGGGCAAUCUUCUCAUCCUCAAACCAUAAGCAUCAGAGAAUUUAUCUGCCACGCGGGUGCAGGUGCCACUGCAGGUGCAAUUGCAGCCACUUUUGUGUGCCCUUUAGAUGUAAUCAAAACAAGGUUACAGGUUCAUGGACUCCCUGAAGCUUCACAAUCUGGAGCUAGAGGCAGUGUCAUUAUAACAAGUUUACAGCAUAUAAUAAAAAAUGAAGGUUUUAGGGGGUUGUAUCGUGGGCUUUCACCAACAAUAAUUGCUCUACUUCCAAACUGGGCGGUGUAUUUUGCACUUUAUGAGCAACUAAAAGGCCUACUCACUUCACAUGAUGAUAAUGGUGGGCAACUCACAAUUGGGGCAAACAUGGUAGCUGCUGCUGGUGCUGGGGCUGCCACAUCCAUCACAACGAACCCAUUGUGGGUUGUAAAGACGAGACUCCAAACACAGGGAAUGAGAACAGGCGUGGUUCCCUAUACUGGUGUACUUUCUGCUUUACAAAGGAUUGUACAUGAGGAAGGCUUACGGGGGUUGUAUAGUGGAGUUUUACCUUCUUUGGCUGGGAUUAGUCAUGUGGCAAUUCAGUUUCCAGUAUAUGAAAAGAUAAAAUCCUAUAUGGCAAAAAAGGACAGUACACCUGUUGGUCAUCUAAGUCCUGCUGAUGUUGCAAUUGCCUCUUCAAUAUCUAAAGUGCUUGCCUCUAUUAUGACUUACCCACACGAGGUUAUCCGAUCAAGGCUUCAAGAGCAAGGGCACGUCAGAAAUUCCGAGGUCCAGUAUGCAGGGGUGAUUGAUUGCAUUAGGAAGGUAUUCCGAAAGGAAGGUCUUCCUGGCUUUUACCGAGGCUGUGCGACUAAUUUAUUGAGAACGACACCAUCAGCUGUCAUUACAUUUACCAGUUAUGAGAUGAUUCACCGAUUUCUGUACCAGGUUUUACCUCCAGACACGAAGAAUUCCGAUGCCUACCCUAAAUCUGAUGGCCAGUUCAAAUCCCAGCCUGAUAAUAGAGGGACCAUGGAAGACAAUAAACAAUUGCAAAAUCACUCAAGUAAGAUAACACCUGCAAUCCCUCUAGGUAACAAAUAACAACUGACAAGUCUCCACUGUUGGUUUUUCUUUUUUCUUUUUUUCCUUUUUCCUCCAACCUACAUUAUGUUAGACGAAAUUUUUCCUAAAAAAGAAAAUGAAAGCCUGUUAGUCAAAUGUUAAAAGUGAAUAAAAAGUGUAAUUUUUUAUUGCUUUAUUGAUAGUGCAAAUGAUGCUUUAAUUUGUUUCAUACUUGGGGAAUAAACCAACGAUUUUGAUCCUUACAAUGUUACAAUCCGUUAGAUUGAUGUCAAAAGCAACUUUUUCACGUGGACAUUGGAAUAUAUUCAAUUAAAGAUUUUAGAAUUUUUAAAUUGGGUGAUUGAAUGUUCCAUAAGUUUAAAAUGAUAGAUGCAUAGGAUUCAAAUUAUUAUAACCAAGAAAAAAAAAAUUCAGAAGAUUGUGAUGCGGUCAGAUGGUACGAGCAUCUUGUGCCUUCUAACCAAAUGGUCCUGGAGGGCAACCGAUUCUAGGCUUAUCAUCACCAAAAGCAGAAGCUGAUAUUCCUUUCUUCAGCAUUGGAACACGUAAGAGAUGAUAGGUCUACACUGGUUCACGCUAAACAACUCCUGUAUUUGAAAACUUAAUGACAUUGAGAGGGCGUUUCAUUCGGAUAGUCUUACGAUAUUGUCUGCAAUUUGUGUUUUCGUUAUGAGAUUACCUGUUUGAUUUGAAAACUUUCUUCAAUAUUCGAUCAUAUCAACGAGAGUCACAAACCCAUACCAACUUCAAAUUAGUCUCAGCCAAAAGAAAAUUUAUAUAUACAGCCAUUUGUUUGCUCAUUACAAUUUACAGUGAAAUACAACUAUUCUUUUAAAAAUAGCCCAUUAAAAUCAUAAUAGCAUUUACAAAAAUACUCUUACCAACAACCGAGGUUAAAAUCAGUCUAAUCCAUGUAUCACUCCCGAUUUUCGAGAAAGGUUUGGUCGCAGUCAACGGACGGAACCAACAGUUGAGCUGAGGUAUUUUGGGUUUACCAAUUUGGCUUUGAAUUGCUUUCCCUUUCUCCCUUUGUGCUUUUAAGGGAUCAUUUAG